AUGCCCAACAGCACCGGCGCACCGCCCUCUCCUAACCAUAACUGGAAAUUGACUGACUUCCAAGUUGGCAGACCGUUGGGGAAAGGCAAGUUUGGUAGUGUCUACCUGGCCCGAGACGUUUAUUCUCACAUACCAGUGGCGUUGAAAGUAAGUCCGGUCCUUAUUAGGCUUUUUUCUGGCUUUAGAGACAUGAAUUACCUCUUAUUUUCAUUAAAUGACGUUAUUUUAGAUAUUGUUCAAGUCCCAAUUGACGAAACACAAUGUAGAGCAUCAGCUGGUCAGAGAGAUUGAGAUACAGGCUCAUUUACGGUAAGUGCAGGCUUUCUCUUUCUUCUUUAUUUCGAUUUUUAGGCAUCCGAACAUCCUCCGAUUGUACAACUACUUCUCUGAUGAAAAACGGGUCUUUUUGAUCUUGGAGUACGCGUUGCAUGGAGAAUUGUACAAGGAAUUGCAGAAGAAGGGCCGAUUGUCAGAAAGGAGGACAGCAAAGGUGAGGAUAAUCAUGCUUUUGCAUUUAUAGCUUUUUUCUUCAAGUUUUCUUGUUAUACUUGGUAUCUUGUAUAAUAUAGGAAUUCAAUAUUACUUUUUAGGUAUAGAUUGAAGAAUCGUAGCUCGUGAAAAGUGUAGCUUCUGUAUGUUUGUCUAAAUUCUCGUUUCUUUCGCUCGUUUUAGGCAAAAAAUUUUUGAUUUGGAUUUGAGGUCCGUACCUAAAAUAAUUCUGAUAUUUUCAGUACAUUUACCAAGUAUCUGACGCUUUGGACUACUGUCACAGCAAGAACGUUAUCCACAGAGAUAUAAAACCGGAGAAUAUUCUGAUCGACGAAGAGGGUAAUCUGAAAAUUGCCGAUUUUGGGUGGUCGGUGCACUCGGCUUCAAACCGGUAAGAUUUUUGCUUUUUUUGUUAAAAUUUAGAUAAAAUACGAUCUGAAACGCCUUUCCAUCGAUUUAUGGGGCUUUAUAGGAUAUGAAGAAAGCCCCAUAAAGUGAUGUUCAUCGCCUUUUCGCCAAUAUUUUUAUCAAAAACACCAUUUUGGUCAUGAUGAAGAUAAAAAAGUUCUAAAACCGACUGUUUUAGAAAGACGCUAUGCGGCACACUCGACUACCUUCCUCCAGAGAUGGUCUGCUCCAAUCCUCACGACAAACGAGUGGAUUAUUGGGCGGUUGGAGUGCUGUGUUACGAGCUGCUUUGCGGGAAACCGGCGUUCGAAAGCGCCACGGACCAGGACACUUAUCGGCUGAUCAGGAAAGGCGAAUACUCGUUCCCGGCCACCUUCUCAGAGCCCGUCCGCGAUUUGAUCAGCAGGUUGUUGGUGGUGGACCCGGAAAGGCGUCUGACCCUCAGGCAAGUCAUGGAGCACGAAUGGGUCCGAAGUCACUAUCGCCCAAUCAAACAGGAAAUCGUGUGA